UCGACGCCGACCCUCAGCGCACACAACAUCUGAGCACUCAAUUGAAUUUAGCCAAUGAUGUGUUGGAUUUGAUAAAAGUUAAUGAUUUGAUCGCAUCGUUAGCCGUCGCCAAGAGUGAGAAGAAAGAUACCAAUAAUUCAACGAAUAAUGCGAACAAUAAUGCAAUGAAAAAUUUGGAAAAACAAAAGACUACUGUUUUGGAAGCGCUGGUCAAAAAGGGUUUAGCCAUUUGUGACCUAAUCGACGCCCAAAACACGGUAUCUACCAAUGGAUCCAAAGAGCCGAACGCCACAGCUGUGGCCGACUCGACCGCUUCCGACGCUAAACUCUCGCCAACUGUCGACCAGUUUAUCUCCGACGCCAACGAAGUCUACGCAGAGAUCUGUAAACUGAUUGAUCCGUACGACCAAAAAGUGGCCAAAUUUACUGAACGUCACGCCCUAUUGCACCAGCAUUUCGGUCGAGCCGUCAAACUGUUUGGUAAACUCCAGGAGAAUAAAGCCACUCAUGAGGUGGAGCUCAAGACCAUUGAGGCAUUCAAGCAAUUGAAUUGGACUCAUUUGGAGACCUCAUACAAGCGAUCGAUAAAUGUUAGGUUCCCUAAAGACUAUCGACUUUUUUAAUGCUUUUAUUAAAUAUUUGAUAAUCAAUUAUAAGUUAUUUGAUAAUAUUUUUUAUUUAUCCGCUAUUCUUAUACUAUGGAAGUAAUUGUACGGUUUGAAUAAGAUAUGAAACAAAUGUGAGUUAAUUUUUAAAUUAUGAAAUUUCGA